AACCAAGAAUAAUUUAUUCCAAGAUUAGUGCUUACCAUUUUGACGUUUAAAAAAACCUUUUUGAAAGUCCUUGACUGAUCAAUAGGCUAAAAUAAACAGCCAUGAAGACCAUUAUAAUCCUUGCUUUGGUGGUCGUUGUGUGCAAAGUAGAGGCAUCACAUUUCGUGGUAGGCAAUAUUGCGGAUAGAGUGCAGUUGUACCACCAUGAGAGGGUACAAUAUAACGCCAUACCCUUCAUUAAGAGGGUGAAGGAAUUGUUCAAAACUGUCCCGGAACAUAAGAAGAUUCAGGGUAUCCAAGCCCUGGACAUGCUGCAAAGCAAAGCCUCCAUCAACAUCACCGCCGGCGGAGUGGGGCACAGUUUCGUCAACCUCCGGUUUAAGAGCGAGAGGGGGUUCGGCCUCGACUACGAUAUUGGGAUAUAUGUUAACCCUGACUUUUUAUAAUCGAUAGUGGUUAUACAUAAUUUAAGUAUUUAA